AUGGCUGCGCUACGCUCUCCCACACCCGCAUCUCGCGAUGCCACUCCAGAGUUCAUGACGCCGCGGUCCAAAAUCAGAGCCUUACUUGCGACUGUGGGCGACAGUGACGACGAGGACGCCCUUCAGAAUGGAGUACUCAAGCCGGACUCGCCCAGAAACAGCGCAAUUGCCCAGCGAAACACCAGUGGUUCGGACUCGGAUGCAGACUCGGAUUCAGAUGUCCAGAUACGGCCACGGGGGAAGCUGGCUUCUCGGAUGCAGGGCCCUUCGGAUGCAGCCGACAAGCCAAAGACUGCGCAUCACGGCGAAACUGCGAGAGACCGCGUGAAGCGGAUGCUGGAGCAAGAAAACGAGCAGUCUAGACAGGCGGAUACGGAAAUGGCCGAUGCCGAUGGCGCUGAGAAGGAGGGCGAUGUCGAUGUCGAUGACGAGGAUGAGGACUUGCCCGUCGCACCACGACGAUUGCAGCGCCGUGCUGUCAACGCCACCGCUACAGCGCUCCCGGCCAGAUCACCCAGCCCCGGACUCUUCGUUUCCUCACCAGUUCGCCCAUCACCUACAAAGGCACCGCAAGCCCAGUCAGACUCCGACGACGACCUACCACCCGUCAAGUCGGAUCGCUUCAAAGCCCUGGUGGAGCGAAAGCGACAGGAGCGUCUUGCCAAAGAGGCCGAAGAAGAAGCACGGAUAGCAGAGCGCCGGGCUCUGCAGGAGAAGCUGGCCUCUGAACUUGAAGAGCUGGACUCUGGAGAUGACGACGCCGGGGGCAUAACGGACGAUGAAGGUGGUCGCCGGUUGACUCAGGAAGCUCGUCCAACGAGGAAAGCGAGUAAGAAGGCGCUCGAAGAGAUGAAUCGCGAGACGCAGCGGAUGGCAAGAAACAUGCAACUUGCCCAUGAGGCCAGGACACGAAAGAAGCUUUCCAAAGCAAGCCUGUUCGAGCGCUUCAACUUCAGGCCAGAUGGAGAGGCGCUACCCGGCGAGCCUUCGGCAAACAGCUCCAGCAGACCGGUGUCGCCCCCAACUGAUGCGGACGCGAAUAAAGAGACGCCGCCUAGCUCACCACCUGUUGGGGAGAAACAGGAUUCAGUCCAGGUUGAGGAGAAUGUCUCCGCAAGCCUUGAUAUUCCAAUGACAGAUGCAAGGGCGGAACACGACCACCCAUCAGAACCUACACAUCUAGACAAGGGCAAGGGACCAGCUAUCGAUGUGGAAGAACCAAGCAAGCCUGCCCAGACUAAGCGCCGGGUGCGGGUAAGAAUACCGAUUCCAACAAAAGCUGGCACAGCAGGCUCGGACGACGAACUCGAGAUUACAACUACGACCAAAGAUAAAAUAAACGCCGUCUUUGACAGCAUCCCUUUCCGAAAAGCACAAGAGUCGCACUCAAUACUGGCUCUGCGGGCUUUGGCUCAUGUCACGUCUCCCGGCAAAGAGAAAAAGCGCAAGAACGAGCGCGAGGGAAUGACCCCCGGCGAGUUUCAGGCUUCACUGCUGCAAAAGGCGAGGGAGCAAGCGAGGCUCGAGCGGGACCGAAGGCUUGAGAUGCUAAAGGCCCAAGGUGUUGUCAUUCAGACAUCGGAAGAGCGAGAACGGCAGAUGCAAGAAGUGGAGGACAUCCUUGCCAAAGCUAGGGAAGAGGCUCAGCGUAUCAAGGAGGAGGAAUUAGCAGCGGAGAAGAAAGAGAGAAAGGAGAAUGGUGAAGCUGACCCUCUGGCUUGGGACGAUAGUGAUGACGAAGAGUACGUCGAUGGUGAUGCCGACGAGGAGGCACCUGACGUGGAGCUUUCAGGGUCUGAUGAAGAAGACGAAGAAGGCGACGAGGAGGAAGAUGAGGGGGAAUCCAACGAUGUCGUUGCGGGCAUGGCCAUGUUUGAGGCCGAAGCGGAAGACGCGCAGUCCGAAACCUCAGAGAUCCUCCCCACGCUUCAUAACGAGGGGGCAGAAGACGAGGCCAUCGAAAGAGCAACUCCCUUGAAAAGGAGGAGGGCACGGAACAAGACCGUCAUUCUGUCCGAUGACGAAGCCAAUCCCGUCGAAUCUACUCCAAAGCCCAAGAAGACUCCCGUCAACUCAUCCUUCAUGUCACCCGCUGCACCUACGUCUGUGCUGCGAUCCGCCAAGAAGACCUUCAUUCCUGGGCUUCCUGUACAGGGGCCUGCCGGACUGAGCCUUACCCAGAUAUUUGCAGGGACCAUGGACGAUAACCAGGGAAGCCAGCUCAACGAGCCGACACAGUCAAUGAUGCCCGACUUCGACAAUUUCCCCGACUCAAACUUUUCAGCUACCAUGGACGACAACGCGGACGACAUGGUGCUCGAUUCCCAGCGGGAUGAAACCCAAGGGGAGACUCAAGCCGUUCAGCUGAACCUCGCACAGACGCAGAUGCAUGGUCUGGACAGCCUCCUGCGGGAUGACGUGAACUCCCAGAUCUCGGACAUGAUUGAGCCCUCGCAGGAUGGAGGACUCCAGCGAUACACGCCGCUGAAGUCGAGAUUUGUCGAGCCUCCCACCUCAACCGUAGAGACCAUCUCACUGGACCAAAGCGGCGAGGCAGUUCAGAGCUCCCCACUAGUGCGCAAGGGAAGACUUCGCCGAAAGAUGGAGAUGACAUCUCUUGAUGAUGAGGAUGCCAUCCCCAUGAGCGGCGAAAAGGGGGCGAAGGAAGAGGCGGCAUCCUCAAAGACGGCAUUCAAUUUACUGAAGGACGCCGCUGCUGCACAGAAGAAGAAGAAGCUCAUUGAGGAGUUCAACAAGAAGAAGAGCAAGGCAAAGGAGAUGGUGGAAGAGCAGGCCGAGGAAUCCGAGGACGAGUACGCGGGACUCGGCGGAGCGGACGGCGAGGCCAGCGAUGACGAGUCCGAUGCUUCCAUACAAGACAUUAUUGAUGAUGGGGCCGGAAACGACGUGGAUGAGCGCAAGCUGGCCGCAUUCUACGCUGACCGGGAACGAAUGAAUGAUGAGAAGGAAGUCGAGAAGCUGUACAAGGACAUCACGUCAGGCAUGCUCCGUCGCAAGCGCGGAGCCCACUAUGACCUGUCCGACUCGGACGACGACGGUGAAGCUCGUCGGAGAAUGAAGCGGCGGCAGUUUGCCAAGAUGCAAAAGGCCUUGUUUUCUGACGAGCGGGUCAAGAAGAUGGCUGAAAACCCGGGCAACCAGGCCUUCCUACGCACCAUCGAGGACCGUGGCAGCGACGAUGAAAUGGACUUCUUAGAGAUUACAGAUGUCCCGACAUUGCAGUCGGAAGAGUCUCAGUCACAGAGCGAGAGCUCUGAGCAACCGCAGCAGCCGCGGACGAUUCCGGAUAGUCAGCCGCGCAAACCGCUCGGAAGUGCUGGUGAGAAUCGAGCUCCGGCUCACAUGAGGAGGACCAAGGACGGCAAGAAGCCUUCCAACAUUGGGGAGGUUCGUGAGACGCUGUCUGACCUGCUGGAAGACGGACGACACGCCUCUGUGAUCCCGGCUACCGAAGUUGGUUCGGACAGCGAGGACGAAGAAGACAGACCCGCGUCUCGAGGCAACAAGGAGAACAAGUCUCCCGCAUCCCGUCGAACGAGGAACGUCGUCGUCGAUCGCAUCAGCCUCAAGCGCAACGCAUCCUCCAGCAUGUCGUCUACCGGCCGCCUUGCCUUUACCGCAUCGGGCAGCUCGUCGUUCCGGGUCCCUGGCUCGCUUCUGCGCCGAGCAACGACCAACUCGUCGCUGCUUUCCACGGCCAGCACGUCGUCAUCCUCGACAACGACGACGACGGCAGCAGGAGGCGGCUCUGGCAGCGGGUUUGGCGAAGAGGCCAAGAUCAAGAAGGGGGCGGGCAAGAAGAGCGGCAUCAACGGCUUCGCGAGGGACAAUGAGAAGCUGGCGAGGAUGCAGGAGAAUGAGCGGAGGAGGGAGGAGAAGAAGGCCAUCCUCACUCUUUCAACCUCUUUUGACAUGGGUUUCCUCAGCCCAUGA